AUGUUGAAGAUUAAGGCAGCUCAAAGCGAGAGAAAUCGUUUAUCAAUGCUUCUUGCUGAAUAUACCAAUGAUGUUGCAGAAAGUCAGAGUAUUCGUGCAAUCAAAUCGCGUAAAGAUUUACUCUGGUCCUUGGCUACAAAAUUAUGGGACGCUUUUAAUUAUCCAGAUCCUAAAACACACCCUUUAUUUAAAGGUGUGCCAGAACUUAAUAAAGAAGGCAUUGCGAACAUUCUUUCCUUCUAUGAAACUGGUAAAUCGCGGUUUCAAGAAAUUCUUGCCCAAGAUGUAUAUAAAACUGAGCCACGUAUAACUACUGGAUGUCGUGGGUGUAAUAUAAAGUCUUAUACCUAUGCACAACUUACGGAAAAAAAGAAAAAAAUGAAUAAUCAAGUAGACGACCAUCCUUCUCAAACGUCAACUAUUCAACAAAUGGAGAAAGCGAUACUUGACCAAUUAUUUGAAUCUGAAGAGCUGCUCAAAACAACAAUCUCAGAUAUAUUAUUGCAACUUAACGCUAUUUCUCCUGACUGGAUGACUGAGAGGAUCAAA